GGGUGAGGGACAGACCAAGCCGCGAUGGGUAUGAGAUUGGUCAAUAAUGACCAAUGCGAACGACUGGGAUCUGAUCAGAGUUGGUAACGAUGGACAUCGAAGUCAGAUCCGACAAGCCCUUCCUCUCGGACGACGAAGACGGCGACACAGAACUAUUCGUCAGGAGCUACAAUAAGACACUGCCGAAUGGCAAUAGGACAUCGAUCCACGUGGAUAAACAGAUCACCAAACACAGCAGACGGAAGCGCCGGGUGUUCUUAGCAGUGACUGUUCUUGCCGCCGUCGUACUCUUAGUCAUAACCAGCACUAUCUAUUCCACCAGGAGAGACACACCGGGGUUGGCAAACUUCACGGAAGCUACGAAGCAGCUGGCACAAGCUCCCGCGAAACCUCACAUCUUCUUCAUUGUCGGUGACGACAUUGGCUGGAAUGACGUAGGAUGGAGGAACCCGGAUAUGAAAACACCAAAUCUCGACAAACUCGCAAAGGAUGGUGUGAAAUUGAAUCAUUAUUACACGUAUCCGACGUGUAGUCCGUCUCGUGCUGCAUUUUUGACUGGGUACUAUUCUCAUCGACUGGGCCUACAGCAUCGCGUGAUCGAAGAACACCAAUCAAAACACAUCCCGUUGAAUGUGCCGCUCAUCUCCGAGAAGUUACGAGAUUUGGGCUACGCAACUCAUGCGGUAGGAAAGUGGCAUCUUGGACACUGUAACUGGAACUACACUGCAACUCAUCGAGGGUUCGAUUCAUUCUUUGGGUAUCGCUUUGCAACGGAAGAUUAUUACACACACUUGGAAAGAGGUUUUUAUGAGUUAUGGGAAAAUGAUGAACCCUUCUUCGAUAAAAACAAAACCUAUUCAACAGAUCUUUUCGCCGAAAGAGCUCUUGGGAUCAUCAAUGCCCACGUUGAAGAGAAGAGUCCGAAACCACUUUACAUGUACCUAGCAUUCCAAGCAAUUCACGGCCCGACACAGGAAACGCCAAAGGAUUAUCGCGUUUUCACACCAAAGAAUAUCAAUGAAAACGUCCGUAAAGUCACCACGCACACCCUUUACGCCAUGGAUGUUGCCAUCGGUAAGAUUGUUCGCUUGUUAAAAGAAGGAGGCAUUUACGAUAACUCGUUAAUAAUAUACACGUCGGAUAACGGUGGUGCAGUGGCAAAUGGCGGCAACAAUCAACCCCUGAGAGGUGGCAAAUUCACUCUGUGGGAAGGUGGCGCACGAGUUGCCGCAAUGGUGCAUGGUGCAAUGAUUCAAAAUCCCGGAAGAUCAUUUGAUGGACUAUUCCACGCUACGGAUUGGUUUCCAACCUUGUUAACAGCGGUCGGAUCACCAUGGAAACACGAUAUUGCACCAUCAUACGACGGAAUUGACCAAUGGGAAACCAUCAAGACAGGAGGAACUUCAUUGAGAUCUCGCCGAGACGAGAUUGUGUACAGUAUAGAUCCGCGUGGCUCUGCCAUUCGUGUUGGUGAUUACAAACUUAUACUUGGUGAUCCGAUCGGGAACGUUUGGGAACGAAGAGUCGGGAAAGGCGCCGGCAGUUGUAUCUACUCCCCGGACCUUUCUUUCUCCGCGACACAUUGCGAAGUUAACCUGACCAGUGCGAUGUUGUUUAAUGUAAGAGAAGACGAAUCAGAAAGUCAUGACCUUGCCAAUGUCAUGCCAGAGGUGGUCAAACUUCUGACUGGCAAACUAGAUUCGGAAAGACAGCGUCGCGUGCCACCUCAGUCUGAGCGCAAUUAUAUGAAGGAAAUGAAACCGUUUAUCAAAAAUAAUGUUUUAUAUCCGGGAUGGUGUUAGGUUGGAGGCAGAGACAAAGGAAUACGGAUGACAGUUCAUUCCUUGUCGACUUAAAUGGAUUCCUAGUCCACGAACCUAUAGGGAUCUAUAGCUAUUGUGCUUGGUCCGCCGGGACAACACGAACUCGAUGACUGUGUGGUUGUUAGAAAGCAGUGUUACCUCACAACAUCACAUUGACGUGUUAUUUCAUGUUUUCGAGUAAUGACCACUUGUACCAGCAACAUGUCGACAAGGCGUUAUGAGCCACCAUGCUUUCUGACAACCUGGACAAUUGUGUUAC